CAAAAGCGAACCUGCCAAAUGCUCACUGGGUUUCCUUCGGUGUGGGACGAAAAAGUGCGGUUUUCUGCUAGCUCUGGCUCUGGCUGCGAGUUUGUCGUCGUGUCAUCAUCCGUCGAGAAAAGAGGUUUUGCGUUUUGGAUCCGAUCCGUUCGUUGUUCCUUCGCCGUCCGGUCGCGCGUGCCGUGUUCUUGCGUUUCGGUGAAUUGGUGUGAAGAAGUGAAACUAUCUCGGCGCACAGUGACGUGAAGAAUUCUCAAGGAUUAUUUUCCCGUUAUCCGCGCAAUCUGACUGCGUGUGGAUCGCUAAUUUCUAGAAACGCCAGCGGCCCAAGUGCCCAACAAUAUUCGGACGGAAGAAGAUCCAAAGCGUGGACCCACAGAACUUCCACCGCCGUGACACGGCGAACUCCGAACAGCUCGUGAGUGUGUUGUACAUCCAGAGCGCACCGCUUCCAAUUCCCCCACAUUGAAGCAGAACCCCGUUGUUUGAGGAUUUUCAAGGAUUAACAUAGUGUGUAUCAGAAGCAUAACCUGUGAAAAGUUCUGCGCCCAAGUGCAAACAAAAACAACCCGAGCGCGCAAGAAUCAUCUUAGUAGGUGUGCGCGUUGUGUGUGAGUUUUUCGUGGCACUCAGAGAAAACAUCGUUGUUGUUUGACAGCUCGAAGAAGAAAUUUUCGACAGCAAGAAGAAAAAUCUGCAGUGUAUGUAGUGUGCUUACAGAAGCAGUAGCAGUAGAGAAGUGCAAUAGCGAAGACAAGUUCCCGUAGUUGGUCUGCUGUAAUCUAUUUUGAGAAGCUUGAUAUUUAGUUGUGUGACCUUUGCAUUCAGCAAGACCACCACCACAUAAAAAAAAAGAAAAAGAAGAAAUCGAAAGUGAAUCGAAAAGCCUGUUUCCGGCUCUCCGAGAUAUCCGUACUAAGACCGUAGUGUUGUUGUAUUCUGGACGUUCGCCAGUGGCGUAGGAAAAGGGAGAAACCUAGCCGUGCUUUCUCCCUGCGCGCUUCUUUCCCUUCUUCAAACGAAAAUCGCCGACGAAGAGCGGCGAGAGAAUAAAAAUCAUACACAGUCAGCAACCAGCAGCCUGAGUUCAACCCUGUGGGUGUGAGAAUUUGGGAGAGUGAGUGAGUGUUGUUGUUUCGUUCCGGUAGCGCAGGUGGCAAAAUUGGUCACCUACCUCUAGCAGUGCUAGUGGGCCUCUUCUGCUAGUCCGGAGAGUGAGUUUCAACAGAAUGGAGCGCGAGUCGAAUCCAAUGCAGCCGAUGUGUAGAUCAGGUUGUGGAUUCUACGGCAAUCCCGCACAGGACGGUCUAUGUUCAGUAUGUUAUAAGG